AAGACACUGGAUCUACAUCUACCAGCACUCGUCUAUUUCUCUUUCUCUAUCUACAAUCAAAUGCCUUCUGAUCUACGCACUCACAAAUCUACAUCUUGAUCUCAAUCCGCCAGAUCUAUCCAUCCAAUUAGGUCUCAAACUUCCAGAUCUGAAGGGUUUUGUAACGGUCCGAAAAUGUUGACGAAGUUUGAAACAAAGAGUAAUAGAGUGAAAGGGCUGAGUUUCCACAGCAAGAGGCCCUGGAUCUUAGCUAGUCUUCACAGUGGAGUGAUCCAGCUAUGGGAUUACAGAAUGGGCACUCUUAUUGAUCGGUUUGACGAACACGAUGGACCGGUUCGUGGAGUUCAUUUUCAUAAGUCUCAGCCGCUUUUCGUCUCUGGAGGAGAUGAUUACAAGAUCAAAGUAUGGAACUAUAAACUGCAUAGGUGUCUGUUUACUCUUCUUGGACAUCUUGAUUACAUCCGAACCGUUCAAUUCCAUCACGAGGCCCCUUGGAUUGUUAGUGCUAGUGACGAUCAAACUAUCAGGAUUUGGAACUGGCAGUCGCGUACUUGUAUAUCUGUGUUAACCGGACACAAUCAUUAUGUAAUGUGUGCUUUGUUCCACCCAAAGGAGGAUCUUGUGGUGUCAGCAUCAUUAGAUCAGACCGUGAGGGUUUGGGAUAUCGGUGCGCUCAGGAAGAAAUCGGCUUCCCCUUCUGAUGAUAUCCUUGGGUUGGGUCAAAUGAAUGCAGAUUUCUUUGGUGGUGUUGAUGCCGUUGUUAAGUAUGUUCUCGAGGGCCAUGAUCGUGGAGUUAAUUGGGCUUCAUUUCAUCCCACUCUUCCUCUUAUCGUCUCCGGAGCUGACGAUCGCCAAAUUAAGAUCUGGCGAAUGAACGAUUCAAAAGCGUGGGAAGUAGACACAUUGAGAGGCCACAUGAACAACGUUUCAUCAGUUCUUUUUCAUUCAAGGCAGGACAUCAUAGUCUCAAACUCAGAGGAUAAAAGCAUACGCGUUUGGGACGCUACAAAAAGAACAGGCCUCCAAACGUUCAGGAGGGAGCAUGACCGUUUCUGGAUCCUCUGUUGUCAUCCCGAAAUGAACCUUCUGGCUGCUGGACACGAUAGUGGCAUGAUCGUCUUCAAAUUGGAAAGAGAACGCCCAGCCUUUUCUGUCAGUAACGACUCUCUGUACUACGUAAAAGAUCGCUUUCUUCGGUUUUACGAGUUCUCAACUCAAAAAGACACACAAGUUAUACCAAUCCGUAGGCCUGGUUCCGCCACAUUGAACCAGGGUCCUAAAACGCUUUCUUAUAGCCCUACCGAAAAUGCGGUUCUCAUAUGCUCAGAUGUAGAUGGCGGAUCUUAUGAACUGUAUAUCUUACCUAAAGAUAGUUACGGUAAAGGUGAUACGGCUCAAGAAGCUAAAAGAGGCGUUGGCGGGUCAGCGGUUUUCGUUGCGCGAAAUAGAUUCGCGGUGCUUGAAAAGAGCACCAAUCAAGUGUUAGUCAAAAACCUAAAGAACGAGAUAGUGAAGAAGAGUGCGCUUCCGAUUGCUACGGAUGCGAUAUUCUAUGCGGGUACGGGUAACUUGCUAUGCAAGGCGGAGGAUAGGGUAAUCAUAUUUGAUCUUCAACAGCGAAUGGUUGUUGGGGACCUUCAAACUUCUUUUGUAAGGUAUGUGGUGUGGUCGAAUGACAUGGAGAGUGUUGCGUUACUUAGCAAACACUCGAUAAUCAUCGCUGAUAAACGACUUGCUCAUCGUUGCACUCUUCAUGAAACGAUCCGUGUUAAAAGCGGAUCGUGGGAUGAUAACGGUGUGUUCAUAUACACAACGUUAACCCACAUCAAGUAUUGCUUACCUAACGGCGAUUGUGGAAUCAUAAAGACGCUUGAUGUUCCUGUAUACAUUACGAAGAUAUUUGGAAAUAAUAUCUUCUGUUUGGACCGAGAUGGCAAAAAUCGGUCGAUAGUUAUCGACGCAACCGAAUAUCUCUUCAAGCUGUCACUUCUGAAAAAGAGAUACGACCAUGUUAUGAGCAUGAUACGGAACUCCGAGCUAUGCGGGCAAGCCAUGAUUGCAUAUUUACAACAGAAAGGGUUUCCGGAGGUUGCGUUACAUUUUGUGAAAGACGAAAGAACUCGAUUCAAUCUAGCACUUGAAAGCGGAAAUAUUCAGAUCGCAGUUGCUUCCGCUAAAGAAAUCGAUGAAAAAGAUCACUGGUAUAAGUUGGGUGUGGAGGCCCUUCGUCAGGGUAAUUCAGGUAUUGUCGAAUACGCAUACCAGAGGACGAAGAAUUUCGAGAGGCUAUCUUUCCUGUAUCUAAUUACGGGAAAUUUAGAUAAAUUGUCGAAGAUGAUGAAGAUUGCAGAGGUUAAAAACGACGUUAUGGGUCAGUUUCAUAAUGCGUUGUAUUUAGGUGAUGUUCAGGAACGAAUCAAGAUUUUGGAAAACGCGGGUCAUCUACCACUAGCGUAUGCGACAGCUAAGUCCCAUGGGUUGAAUGAUAUCGCUGAAGGUCUUGCGGUUAAGCUUAACGAUAAUGUUCCAGUUUUACCUAGUGGUAGGACCCGUUCUCUUUUGAUUCCACCGACUCCUGUCUUGUGCGGUGGAGACUGGCCGUUGUUACGGGUCAUGAAAGGGAUAUUUGAGGGUGGUUUAGAUAGUGUAGGACGGGAUGCACCAGAAGAGUAUGAGGAUGCGGCAGAUGCUGACUGGGGUGAGGAUUUGGAUAUUGUGGAUGUCGAGAACGUUCAGAACGGUGACAUCAGCAUGGGGUUGGAGAAUGACGAAGUACAUGAAGAAAACGAAGAGGAGGGCGGUUGGGAUCUCGAGGAUCUCGAACUUCCUCCUGACGUUGAAACCCCAAAAGCUAUAAAUGCGAAAUCAUCGGUAUUCGUGACACCGACACCUGGCAUGCCCGUGAGCCAAAUUUGGGUUCAGAAAUCGUCUCUGGCUGCCGAGCAUGCCGCAGCAGGCAACUUCGACACUGCAAUGCGAUUGCUAAACCGACAGCUGGGAAUAAAGAAUUUCACACCGUUAAAGUCGUUGUUUAUCGAUCUUAACAUGGGAAGUCAUACUUACGUACCGGCUUUCCCGUCAUCUCCGAUAAUCUCUUUAGCCAUUGAGAGAGAUUGGAGUGAGUCAGCAAGCCCGAAUGUCCGGAAGCCACCUGCACUAGUGUUUAAUUUUUCGCAACUGGAAGACAAACUCAAAGCGGGUUACAAAGCUACCACUGCGGGGAAGUUCACUGAAGCUCUACGGCUUUUUAUGGGUAUACUUCAUACUAUUCCUCUGAUCGUAGUUGAAUCAAGGAGAGAAGUGGACGAAGUUAAAGAGUUGGUUAUUAUCGUUAAAGAAUACGUUUUGGGUUUGCAAAUGGAACUUAAACGGAGAGAAGUUAAAGACAACCCCGUACGCCAGCUGGAGCUAGCAGCAUAUUUCACUCACUGCAAUCUUCAGCCGCCUCAUUUGAGACUAGCGUUGAUGAAUGCUAUGAGUUUAUGUUUCAAGGCGGGUAAUCUGAUAACCGCAUCGAACUUUGCUAGGCGUCUUUUGGAGGCUAAUCCUGUUGAAAGUCAUGCUCAGAAAGCACGUUCGGUUAUACAGGCGGCUGAGAGGAACAUGAAGGACUCCACUCAGCUGAAUUACGACUUUAGGAAUCCGUUUGUGAUUUGCGGGGCGACUUACGCUCCUAUUUAUCGCGGACAGAAGGAUGUUUUGUGCCCGUACUGCACUUCACAUUUUGUUGUUUCUCAAGAAGGGCAGAUUUGUGCUGUUUGUAACCUUUCGGUGGUUGGAUCUGAUGCAUCGGGUUUACUCUGCUCUCCAGCUCAAAUCAGAUGAUUUGAAAUUCUCCUUCAUCGAAGAAAUCGGAUUCAUUAUACAGGAAAAAUCAAACCAGUUAGGCGCCUCAUGCAUAUUCCCGCUGUGUUCAUGUUGCUUGUUGACUGGGAUGAUUCGAUAUUUUUAUCUCUUCAAAGAGGACAUAUGCGUAUAAAACACCAGUUGGUAUAUCAAGUUACUUCUUGAGGUUUACUAUAUUUCGCCCAUAAUAUUCACUUUUUGAUUGAGAGAUUUCUGCCUUUUGUUUUUUUAUGUUUAUAUUACAGUUUACUGAAUUCGGGUGUUAUCUCGUCUCUAAUGUUUAAGGUCAGAUACCCAUGGUUUGUUGUUUGUAGUUGAGCAGAAUCCACGGUGAUAUCAGGAUUGCUCAGAAUCAAAUUCUUAUAGUUAUUUUUUUUAAAUGACUUUUGAUGUUUUUUUUUGUGUAUCAAUAAUAAUAGUAGGGGAUAUUAAUUUUGCUGGGUUUUUUUUGACCCACCACGUUUAUGAA